UUGUGUAGAUACCUUAAUGUUCCUGUCUACCCUAACCUACAACUAAAACUGAUCUAGAAAGAUCUUGCAUUUAUAAGAGUUCGUUGUUAUUGCAAAAUUUAAUAAUUAUUUUUUCAAAAUGACUGACAACAAAGAAGACAAAACUAAGGUUGACUUAGGACUACUUGAAGAAGAUGAUGAGUUCGAGGAAUUCCCUGCUGAAGAUUGGACAGCAAAGGAUGAAGAUAAUGAAGAUAUAAGUGUGUGGGAGGAUAAUUGGGAUGAUGAUGAUAUUGAGGAUGACUUUAAUCAUCAAUUAAGGGCACAACUUGAAAAGCAAAAAAAUCAAAUUGAUAACAAUUCCAAGGACUAGAGAAGUGAAAAUAUUUCAAGCAAUAAAUAUAUAAUAAUCAAUAGAUCAUUUUCUUUGUAUCUCAUAUUGUAAUGUAUUCUUUUUUUUCAUAUUAUCAGCUUCAUAUCUGAUUUAUUGUAAUUUAAAACGAUAUGAGACUUAUGUAAAAACAAAAAAAAAUAUAAAUUACACUUUUUUUAUACAACAGCUAGUAAUGAGAUUUCUUGUGAGAAUUAAAAUAUAUUUAUUUUCAAUAACAUUAUAAAAAAAAGUUAGCUAAAAAAUACAAAGUGGUAACAUAAUUGUUCUUUAAUAUAUGACUUGAGAGAAAAUGGAAAUAAAUUUUUGGAUUAAAUUAAAAAUAAUACAAGAUUAUAAUAAUCACUUAUUCUAAGAUAUUGUAAUGAUAAUUAUAGUCGCUCCAUUUUCUCUUGACAGUGCAAUCAGGUACUUAGACAUUUUUAUUCCAUACUGAUAUUUUUUUUUUUUUUUUUUUUUUUUUUAA